AUGGAGCCCGGUAAUGACGACGCCCGCGCCCGGCGCGCGUCGUCGACGCAUUCUGCUUCCUCGAGCAGCCGCAAGUCUGGCUCGGGAGCGACCGCCAGACGCACCAAGCCGCGCAAGACGGCCUCGCACGCCUCGCUCGCGAGAUCCGGCGCCCCAACCCCGUCGGACAAGAGCCUGACCUCCUUCCCCUCGCUGUCGCCGUCCCCCGAAGCUUCGCCCAUCGCCGCCCGCUUCAGCGAGACGGAGCUGUCGCAGCCGCAGUCGCCCCAGCUCCCCCACGACGAUACUGGCCUUCCAGACCCGCCCACCGUCCGCAAAUCCUCGAAGCCCGUGCAGUCGAUAGUCGGAAGCCUGCUCGCAACCGUGCCCUCGUCCGACGACCGCUCCGCCCUCUUCGACGACACCCCGCAGGACGUGCGCAGCGUGCCUGGAAACCUACAUCAUGCGAGCGAUGACCAGAUCGAGCGGAUGCUGGCCAGGUCGGGGCCCGUCAGCAUGGUUAAGCAGUUGGCGCAAGAUCUAGCCCAGCGCGACGCCCAGAUAACGGCGCUGCGAAGAAAGGCCGAGGAGCGGGAAAGAAUCCUUCGGAAAAUGCUGCAAGAGUGCGAGGUCUCGAACCUGGACAUCGACGAGCGUUUGAAGCUGCUCGAGCGGGGCCCCACACCGAAUGGCACGGGCGAUGCCGCCGACAGAGGCAGGAAGGCCAAGAGGCAAAGCCUCGUCGACUUCGACGGCGUGCACCCCGAGGAUCCCAUUGACAAGCAUCUUGCUCGCGCGAUGAGCGACGAGAAUGACGGUGACCGCGAGUUGAUGCAGGAGGAUGACGCUUCGCUGACCGCUUUCCCGGCGCUCAGCGACGAUCACUCCGUUAAUUCUGCCGAUCUCGCCACCACCAAGUCGACCAAGGGCUGGAAGAGCUACAUCUGGACUGGAUCGCUGGCCAACAAGAGAAGGAGCCACACCCCGAGUGUCACGAGUGCGUAUGACGAGGACAUUCAGACCCGCUCCAGGGCGUCCAGCGGCGCUCAGCGAAAACGUCUCAGCAGCGACUUGUUCGCGCCUCCACCCCAGGGUGUCUCCAAAGCCGUCGACCACCUCAAGAAAUUGGAAAGUGGGGACGAGGCUGCAUCCAUUUCUUCUCGAAAAUCUUCGGGCUCUGUUGCAUCAUGGGCGUUGAGGUUGGUGGCUGGGAACAAUCAAUCGACCCGCGAGACGGACAAAGUUGGCACUUUAAGAGGCAGGGCCUCUGCCAACGGGACGGACCUUGAGCGGUCGCAGCGCACAGCUUCUAUGGAUUCGUCCAAGACCGAUCCAAAGACAAGAGCAAAAGGCCGUGGGUCAAGGACCUCGUUAGGGCCAACUGGGACGAUCAAGAAGAAUGGCCCACCGGACAGUUUACGCAACACCACAUCGAAUCCACAAGGCUCUAGCCCGCCAACCAAUCGCUCCGUCACCAAUCUUGGUCCUGUUGAAAUGGACAUGAUCCUGCCGGAGGAAACAAGACCACCGACCUUGAUGCCGCACAAUUAUUACGGGCGUGAUUCUGAGUUCCUCACGGAUUCAUUUGGCUUUAUCUAUGAUCAACGACGAAAGAAGAGACAGGCGCAGGCUGCCGCUGCCGCGCUGCAGAAGAGAAAGCCACAUGCGAAAAGCGAGUCUCUUGGCGCCGCGCGGGCAAUGCUCGGCUCCAGAAAUAGUGAUGAGGAGGCACCGGCCGAAGUCUUGGAAGAGGAAAUCACGCUUCCGCGGUCCGAAAGCGUCCUCUCGCAAACAGAGGAAUCUCAGUCGGCGAAACGUAGCUGGCAAGAUUAUCUCAAGAUUGCCACGUUCCCAACUGAAUUGCUGUCGCAUACACCUGUUGCCGCGCCCAUGACCACAGUCGAUAUUGAAGAAACACCCAAGACGUCCCAGGUGACGGUCCAGAACAACGCAUCGUUCCCAACCGUCAGUAACAACCUUGAGCCAGCUCUCAGUGUUGAAUCAGGUGCCGCGGAGAUCUCGCAACCAACAGUCAGUGGUCCUGCUAGCCCCGUCUCGGGUGAUUUCAGCAGCCCACAGCCAGAUCCUGUCAGAGCGCUGUUGGACCAGCUGACGGACUUGCAUGACUCGCUCCAGCGCGAUAAGCAGGUUAGGUGGCAUGAAUUCCUACGCAAAGUGCGAGCGGAACGGAAGCGUGAGGGUGAUGCUGUGGCUGCGAGCGAGGGACGCGGGAAAAACACGAUGCCUGAGACUUUGCUCACUGAUGGAGAGAUCAUCGGAACUGCUGGGCUGGGCAACAAGGGUAAGAUUGGAAGAGCGAAGUGGAAAGAGUUCAAGAACCUCGUCUUGGGAGGCAUCCCCGUCAGCUACCGUGCCAAGAUCUGGGCAGAAUGCAGCGGGGCCGCCGCCAUGAGGAUUCCGGGAUACUACGAGGACCUGGUAGCCAACGGGAUUGACGAUCCAGUUGUAGUUUCCCAGAUUCAGAUGGACAUCCACAGAACCUUGACCGACAACAUCUUUUUCCGCCGUGGCCCUGGUGUCCAGAAACUGAAUGAGGUCCUCAUUGCAUACGCUCGUCGCAACCCCGCCGUUGGAUAUUGCCAGGGCAUGAACCUGAUUACCGCAUGCCUUCUCCUGAUCAUGCCGACCGCCGAGGAUGCCUUCUGGAUGCUUACAACCAUGAUCGAGUCCAUACUGCCCGAGAGUUACUACGACCACUCGCUCUUGGCUUCGCGAGCUGACCAGAUCGUUCUCCGGCAAUACGUGGCCGAGAUUCUUCCCAAGCUCUCUGCGCACUUUGACGAACUCAGCAUCGAGCUCGAAGCGCUCACCUUCCAGUGGUUCCUCUCUGUCUUUACGGACUGCCUCUCUGCCGAGGCACUUUAUCGAGUCUGGGAUGUCGUUCUGUGCAUGCACGACGGUUCGACCUUCCUGUUCCAGGUUGCACUUGCACUGCUCAAGCUGAACGAGAAGGCCCUGAUUGAGUGCGACAACCCAGGUGCCGUGUACCACUACAUCAAUCAGCAGAUGACGAAUCAUGCCAUCAGCAUCGACGGCCUAAUCCAGGCCAGUGAGGCGCUAAAGAAGGUGGUUCGGAGAAAAGACGUCGAAGACCGCAGAACCAGGGCCAUCGAGCACGAGAAGGAAGUCAUGCGCCAAAGGGAGGAGUUACGGGCUGAAAGAUUGAGCAAGCUGAAGGAUAGUUCAGCGACAGCGGAAGGCGAAUCAUCCGACGGGUCGGCCCCGCCCCCGCUUCCUCAACUGCUUGUGCAAUCCGCCACGAACGAGUUCCCAGAGGAUGUCAUCAACAUGUCCCCGCCCGAACCCACGACUCCGACCACGAUGACGUCUUCCGUGAGCUAUUCGUCAUCAAGAGAUGACGAGGAACAUUUGCAUGAGGAUCUGGAGAGGAGCCUGACGCCCAUGCCGAUCGACGAAGAAGUGAUGUGGAGAGCUUAA